UCGCGCACAUUGUCUCGCCGCGGUCUCGUCCGUCGUCGUUUCGUUUAGUAUAAUAAGUCCUCUGCUGCUCACCGACUCCACACUCACUGCAGUCAAUGUCGUUAUCACCAUCGUUUACCGCGCAUAAUAAAUUGUCGUCGCCAUACAACAUAAUAUAUUGUUCUCGUGUUAAUAAAUUGAGUAAUAUAUAACAAUACAGUGGCGCACGCGACCGGCAAACCGCGUCCGGCAGCCGACGAAGCCGCAUCAUUGCCAUCAGUAUCCGUUCGGUUACCGGUCCGCACGCACGCGCUCCCGAUUUGGUGACUCGCGUCCAGACGUCCGCGAAACGGUUAAAUUUUUUGUGAUAAAAAAAUUCGUUCGAUUUUAUCCCGCCGACGGAAUAAUAAAUAUUAUGUUCCGGUGCCAGCAGGACGCGGUAACGUUUAUCGUAUUAUAACAACAGUGCGAACCGCUUACCUAUGUAAAUUGCGCGUGUUUUCGAAUACGAAAAUUCGAAUUCAAGUCCGACCUUACCAUUUUUUUUUGCUUUUUUUCUACGUGAUGUGCGGCGCCGGUUAUUAUAAUAAUAUUAAUAUCGACAUUAAACCGUACUGAUCUCCGGAACUCGUCGCGUCGCAUCGCGCACAUAUUAAAUAUAAUUACACUAUAUUAUAAUAUUACUUUUAUAAUAUAGUCGUAUCAUAUAUUUCCGGACGAAACCUUUCCAACCACCGACCGCCACAGAAUGAAGUGGCUCAGGAGUGACGGAGGACCCAUGUUCUACGGUUAUAGCAACCGUACACCGGUCACAGGCGAUGUACAAAUGAUUACGACUUGUCUGGUCUUCGGCACGAUUUUCACAGCAUUUCUCAUCAUCUUCCCGGGAGUUCGUAAAGAAAGGUUCACCACCUUCACAACUGUCACCUUGAGUCUGUUCGUCGGAAACGUCAUAUUGUUGUCGAUAUUGGGUUCCAGUUGGCACGUGGCCGAGACAGUGAUCACGAGCGCUUACCGAGCUCUUUCCAAAGAACUGAUCACAGCGGAACUGGGUGCUUACGUCGGACUCGGUCACAUCAACAUAACCCUGUGCGCUAUGCCGUCCGACAACUCUUCGGUACCCUUGGAAGACAUCAGCUUCAACGAACGUUUCUCUUGGCUGGGGGCCCACGAAAUGGGCGAAAGUUACCAAGCCGCCUUGUACCGGGGCAUGCCCUUCCCCAUACUUACCGUAGCCGAAUACUUUAGCCUGGGCCAAGAAGGGUUUGCUUGGGGAGGUCAAUACAGAGCUGCGGGGUACUACGGAAGCAUAUUUUUAUGGACAGCGUUUGUGUUGUGGUUCCUGAUGAACGUUCUGCUGAUUGUUGUUCCGCGGUACGGGGCUUACACAAUGAUAGGCAUGGGAAGUUUUAUGGUCGGAGCCACAGUCGCCUAUCACAGCAUGCUUCCGUCGUCGCCUCUAGUCAUACGUUUUCAGGACGACAAGUUUUUACUGUUCAGGCUGGGCUGGUGUUUCUGGCUAACACUGUUCACCGGUCUGCUGUGCAUUUCCGUCGGGUUGAUAAUCGUGGCCAUCGACUGCGUGUAUCCGCACAAGUUCUCCACCAUUCUCGAGGUGGACUUCGACACGCCAUACGACCGGCACAUUAUCAUCGAGGACAGCAUCCACCGGAAGAAACGCGUCGGCAAUAAGAGCCUGGAAGAGCCCGAGGGCCUCGGCCGCAGGAUAUUAAGGCGACUGUCGUCCAAGAAAGACGACGAUGUCAACAACCACAUGAAACGCGCAGGCGCGGACAACCGUGGUUUCGAGUUGGACCCGGCCCCGCCAAAUUCGCCGUGGAGGUUCCCGUACAACAGGCCCGCGGCCCAGGGGGUGAAGUUCAACAGGACUAUAUCGCAGGACUCGAUGACUAGCCAAACGUCCAACUUGGCAGUCGCUUUCAACAACCGCGACAAGAGCAGACUGUCCAUAUUAAAAACGUCUUUGCCACCUAUAAGACCGGCGCCCGGACAAGCAAUAGUGGUAGAUAGAGCCAAAGAAGUGUCCAUGUGGUGAAACUUCACAAAAUAAUAUAAUUAUUAUAAAUGUGCCAAGCAAAACGAUUUGUGAAAAUUUUUUUGAAGUCUGAUCGUAUAGACAUAUAUAAAUAUACAUAUUAUGUACCAUAUUAUAUAUAUUACAAAAUGACAGUCAUAUAAAAUUGUAAUUAGUUGCUAUUAUACUAAUUAUGUUGGUUUUGUUAAGUGGAACUAGUGAAACGAAAAGCUUAAAAUUCUAGAUGUCAAACUUUGAUUAACUUAAUUUACGAUAAAGUACAUUAAUAUUUAUGCUACGAUGAUCAAAAAUAUGUAAAAAUUAGGGUUAUAAGUAUAUCAAGGAGAUGUGAAUGUAAUUAUUGUAAUGUUACCUAUAUUUAUUUAUUAAUAGUAUUAUAAAUUUAAUGAUAGUAAUCAUUUAAUUAGGCUAAUUUUUAAAUCAAAAACUUUUUUAUUGUGUAAAUUAUUAUUUUUGACAAAUAUAUUAUGUAUUUUUAUUUAUUUUA